AUGCGAUUCCUUUCACUGUUUCCUUCCCUCAUCCUAACAUUCCUCUCGUCGAGGGGAGAUCCCAUACAAGACUUUAUCCAACGCCAGUAUCCACUCGCUAAACAGGGUAUACUCGACAACAUAGGAAGUCAAGGUGCUUAUGCCAGAGACGCAAAACCGGGAGUUGUGGUAUCUAGUCCGUCAACUGAACCUGUUGAUUACAAACACACAUUUAUUCGGGAUAGCUCGCUGAUAUAUAAAGUGCUCAUUGAUAUAUGGGCAGACGGACGGGACGAUUCGCUCCUUCCAGGAAUCUACGACUGGGUAUCUUCACAGGGGCGGCUACAAAAAACUCCAAACCUAACUGGAAAUCUUACGACUGGAGGUCUAGGCGAGACUGGAUUCAACAUUGAUGAGAGUGUCUACACCGGUCCGGGAGGACGUCCUCAGCAUGAUAACCCAGCACUCCGCUCGUCCUCGAUGAUCGACUUCGCAAACGGUCUUCUCACUCGAAAUGGCCGAACGGGGCGUCAUUAUGUAGAAAGCAGUAUUUGGCCUAUCGUUAUUCUAGAUCUGGAUUAUGUCGCUUAUCACUGGAACGUGACAGGAUUCAAUACAUGGGAAGAGGCAAGCGCGCUCAUUUCGGCACAGAUAAGGGGUCUUAAGCAAGGAGCAGACUUGGCGAAGACAUUAGGAAAGGAAGAAAAGUACCACUUCUGGAACGAACAGGCGGAUAAUGCCUUGUGCUUUUUCCAGGCCGAUAUCGACUUCUGGGAUUCCACGCAAUCUGUCAUUAUAUCUAACAUUAAUUGCGAUGGCCCUUGUCGUGAUACAGUCGAUGUCGCCUCGGUUUUCACUGCUAUCAGACAGUUCGACCCGGAGGCUGGAUGCGAUGACGCCACAUUCCAGCCUUGCUCUGAAAUGGCGCUGAGGAACCUGAAAGCAGUUGUGGACUCAAUGAGAGAUAUUUACCCAAUCAAUGACGGGAAGAGUGCGUCUGAGGCGAUCGCGGUCGGAAGGUUCGCGAAUGACAACUACGUUGGUGGACAUCCGUGGUUCAUUACAACAUUUGCGGUAGCUGAGCAACUGUACGACGCGAUAUAUCAAUGGAAACGGAUCGGAAAGAUUUCCAUAAGCACAUUCAAGCGAGGUCAAGCAGAGUAUGAUAGCAUCAUAGAGAGCACUUGGUCAUAUGCAGACGACUUCUCGCUCAUCAAUGCCAAAUACAUUCCAAGUAAUGGAUCAAUGUCCGAGCAAUAUGAUAAAGUGACUGGAGAGCCAAGGUCGGCACAACGGCUUUCAGCCUCGACAAUGAGCUCUUCGAAUUGGAACGAGGGAUCUGAAGCUACGGACCGCUACGGUCCUACUUUAGAUAAAUAUCUUCGGGAUGGGCAUUUCGACUUGUCCGAGCGCGACCCCCUACUCCCGAGGAAGUCGCCGAAGUUUUGGAAGCAAUAUGCGAGGAUUUAG